AGGAGGGAAGGCGGCGUCGGGCUGUUCGUGGCCGCCUUUUGAAUCGGGCAGGGGAAGAGGAGCUGGCACCCCUGGAGUCGGAAUCGGGUGUGGGACGUGCAGCUUCGCCCGCUCCGAUUCCUGGGCGUCUCCUCAGAGAAGGCUCGCCAUGAGGACAGCAUCAAGGAACUGAGACUCAGAAAAAGUUGAGAAUCGUUAUUCUAAAAUAAUGGCUGACCGUGACGGAGAGAUGAGGUGGGAUGGGCUGUGCAACAGGGAUGCCAGCACAAGAGACAGCGCCUUGGAAAACAUAAAGCAAGUGGUCCUAAAGAAAAGUGAGGCCAUGGCUCUGAACAAAGACAGUGCAUCUCCUGUAACUGCAGAUGGGCUCUUGCCCUCUGCAAGUAGUGCUCCAGGUGGGCUGAACAAAAUGCUUGCUCAUCUGCUCCUGCUUUCCAAGAGGUGUCCCUUCAGAGACAUGAGAGAGAAGACUGAGACCAUUUUGAAGCAUGUUCAGGAACUUGGAAUUAGGAUUCCUAGACCACUGGGACAAGGGCCAAGCAGAUUCAUCCCAGAAAUGGAGAUUCUUCAAGUGAGUGCUGAGGAUCCUCAAAUGCCUUCUUUGUUUGCUGAGUCUUUCACAACUUUAGGGCAUUUGGAUAAUAUUACAUUGGUGAUGGUUUUUCACCCACACUAUCUGGAGAGCUUUUUAAAAACUCAGCAUUACCUGUUGCAGAUGGAUGGUCCACUGCCUCUUCACUAUCGACACUAUAUAGGUAUAAUGGCUGCAGCAAGACAUCAGUGCUCUUACUUGGUAAACCUUCAUGUCAAUUAUUUUCUACAAGUUGGAGGAGAUCCUAAAUGGCUGAAUGGUCUAGAAAAUGCACCCCCAAAGUUGCAGAAUUUGGGUGAUUUGAAUAAAAUCUUGGCACACAGACCCUGGCUCAUUACAAAAGAACAUAUUGAACAACUUCUAAAAACUGAAGAACACAGCUGGUCAUUGGCAGAAUUGGUCCAUGCUGUAGUUCUCCUCACACACUAUCACUCACUUGCUUCAUUCACUUUUGGCUGUGGAAUCAAUCCAGAGAUCCACUGUGAUGGUGGUCACACAUUCAGACUGCCCUCUGUUGAUGGUUAUUGCAUUUGUGAUAUUACAAAUGGGAACCAUGAUGAAUAUAAGAUGCACACACCUGAUACAGAUAUUACAACUCCAGAGCCUUCCUGUGAAGUAGAAGCACUUAUGGAAAAAAUGAAGCAAAUUCAGGAAUGCAGAGAUGAUGUUGAAGCUAGUCAAGAAGAAAAGGCCACACGCUUUGAGAAGGAGAAGAGAGAAAGCAUGUUGGUGGGUUGCUCAGAAGAUGAAGAAUCAGCGCCAACAAGAGAUGUAUCUCGUCACUUUGAGGAUACUAGCUAUGGCUAUAAAGAUUUCUCAAGACAUGGAAUGCAUGUGCCUACCUUUUGCGUGCAGGACUAUUCGUGGGAAGACCAUGGGUAUUCACUGGUAAACCGUCUCUAUCCAGAUGUAGGACAACUAAUAGAUGAGAAGUUUCAAAUUGCCUACAACUUGACUUACAACACAAUGGCUAUGCAUAAAGACGUGGAUACAUCAAUGCUUAGACGGGCAAUUUGGAAUUAUAUCCACUGUAUGUUUGGAAUAAGAUAUGAUGAUUAUGACUACGGUGAAAUUAAUCAGCUGCUGGAUCGCAGCUUUAAAAUUUAUAUCAAAACUGUAGUGUGUACUCCUGAGAGGACCACAAAUAGAAUGUAUGAUAGCUUCUGGAGGCAGUUCAAACAUUCUGAGAAGGUGCACGUCAAUUUGCUUCUCACAGAAGCACGGAUGCAAGCGGAACUGCUUUAUGCUCUGAGAGCCAUUACUCGUUACAUGACGUGAAAAACUCAGCAGUAGCGAUGGAAGGUGCCGCGGGGGCUGCUUACCAGGGCUUGUUAAGGGGCUUCUCAACCAGCAGUGGCUAAAAGCCAUGAGAUUAUUUGUGCCAUAGUGUUCAUUAUUAUAAUUACUACUGCUACUACUAGUAUUAUUCCAGCUCCUUACUUAAUGGAUAUCACUGCUGAUGCUGAGCUUGGUGGUAGGAGGACAGUUGUUCAGAGAUGCACUCAAAUGGAUUCCAGCCUACUCCAGUUAGCAUAGGAGGCAAUGACUUCUGACAGAUAACUAAUUACUGAAAUCUUUGUGUAUUGUCACAAAUAGAUAAAAAUCUGGAAGAUUUUUGCUUUUGAUAUAAGAAUGAUGUUUUUAUAAAAGUCCUGAUGCUGCUGAACUUGCUGGUUAAAUGAAGAGACUAGCAAUUCCAGUUAUUAAGCUACAAACGAAUGCAAGCAAUGCUAUUGUCUGAGCCUACAUUGUACGUGAUAAUUAGAGAAGAUCCUUGCUAAUAAUGCAGAGCUGAACAGGAUGUUACACUAACAGUUUUGACCGUAAGAGAAUCUUUUGCUGUCUGGCCUGGGCGUAUUAUGUCAGAGUAAGGCAAUGUGAGACUUUUCAAAGCUGCUUAAAAAUCUGCAACUUUGUGAAAAGCUAAGUAGUUGAGAGCAAGGAUGGAUAAUAUACUUCUCCAGUAGUCCUAGAAGCUAUCAAAGGUGUGGAAGUAUUAAUUCUGGCAUCAAAUAGCUUCUUAAUAAAGCACUUGCUCAUUUCUACAGCCUGUCCCUUAGCAGCAGCUUAUGUAGUUAAGCAAGAAAAUAGCUAACAACAAAAAACCUUUAAGUAACUUUGACAUACCACUGUGUGUGUGUGUGUGUCUGUGUGUGUGUGUGUGUCCGUGUAAAAUAUAUGGACACUUUUUGUAUGAAGUCUGUCAGUAUUACUGGAUUGUUUAAAUAAAAAAUAACAUUUUCCUCUUUUUUCAGAGUUCUUGAAGUAUCAUUCAUUACAAAAUAGAGGAAUUAAUGCUGUGUCUGGUGUGUAUUUCUAAUUUGUGUUUGAGAGAAAAAUGACAAAAGUUUAAUUGCAAUCCUUGACAGUUCAACAGGAAGCAUCUGCUAUUUCCUUUAGUCAGAAAUGCAAAGUGUAUGCUGAUCCAAAACAUAUAAGCCAAAUGUGCAGUUUUAAAGUUGGCUUUGACUAAAAAUACCAAUUUCAUUCCCUGCUAUAUGAAUUUCAUUUGUGAAGUCAAAUAACUAUUUCACUUUACCAGAUUGGCUUAUCUUUAAAAGGGUAAGGUUUGUACUCUUGUCAUAUAAAUACAUUUGCAAUUGUUUCAAAAAUAUCAAUCUGCAUUUAUACUGUGAUUUUUUUAAAAUGCAUUUUAAAAAUAUUGGGUGGAGAAUAAAUGUUAGUCUGAAUCAUAUCUAAAAAUUAAUUUUAAAAUUGCUGACCUAAUGCAAUACUAGUUCUAUACAUUAAAACCUAACCAAAUUAUUCAA